AUGGAUGCUUGGGAUAUCAACCAAGUAACUGCCUGGAUUUCUUCUUUGGGUUUGAAGCGUCAUGAGAAGAUAUUUAGAGAUAACAACAUCACUGGAGAUAUCUUGAUUCAUGCUGAUCAUGAUAUGCUCAAAGAACUGGAAAUCACUGCAGUGGGUCAGCGCAUUGCACUACUCAAGGCAAUCUAUAAUAUCAAAGUUCAAAACGGAAUCCCAUUCGAAGAAGAUGACUAUAUUCCUGAAACUGUUGCAUCUGCAAAUUCAAUUCUAACGGAUCAAGGACUUCCUAUCCUUAAUCAGCCAUUACCACCGAUUCAUAAUGAUAUUGCUCAUCUUGAAGUCACUGUCAGUGAGCAGGCUCUUACUAUCGAGCGUUUAAAUACAGAAGUGGCUUGUCUAUCUAUAGAGUUGCAAGCACUUAAAAACGAUCUCUGUCCAGUUUGGGCGUUGCUAUCUGAAUAUAGGAUGUUUCAACAAAAAACCGAUUCACGAUAUGAACAACAUAUGACAGAUCGAUCACCUGCUGUAACUGAUUUUAAACAAUCCAAGGCAUCUGUAGUAAAUUUGGAAACAAACAUGCCCAACAAUGGUGCACUCUGUUCUAUCACUACUGGUAAAAUGUCGUCAUUAAAUCCUGUUGUUCACAGUCCUAUAUCAGUAUCUGUAAUGGGAAAUGAGCUAUUUGAUGACGCCAAUAUGCUAAAACACUCUUCAGUUUCCAUAACCACGACACAUGAACAGGCAAGUCAUAUGUAUUGUUUUACUAAAGAGUCUGAUGGCAGCACCAUUAAAAUAUAUGGACAUUACCUUUUUAAUCGUGAUUUGGAAGCAUACAAGAGUUUUUGUGUGCAGUACACGGAUGACUGUGCAAAACUUAUUCCAGACGUUCUACUCAAAUAUAAGGUGCAGGAAGAUUGGAAACUGUAUGCUUUAUUUAUUCAGUUUCGCGGAAAAGAGCGCUGUCUCAGUUACAAUGAAUGUCCUUUGCAAUUAAUUCAUCAAAUGCAAGACAACAACGAUAUUCCCGAGUUUUUUAUCCGGCAUAUCAAAAAAGUCAAGCCUCCAACUUCUCGUCCUCGUAGUAUAGAUCUGAAUACGAUUUCUCCUAAAUUGUACAUUGGAGCUCGAUCUGAAAAUAUGGACGCGCUUGGUCUUGUUCGCACUACCGAUUUAUCUGUCAAUAAUAAGCGACUUCCGAUUGGCUAUGCGAUCAACGAGUACACUGCGUCAACAAAUGAUGAGUUUGAUGUAAAGAUUGGUGAAACUUUUCAAAUCAUUACCAAAGAGCAUGAGUGGACUGUAGGAGAAAGAGACGGCAAACGAGGAUGGAUUCCAUCAGACUGUUUAUUUAUUAUAUCAGGCUCUUCAUACAAUUCAGGUGAUGCUGCAAUGCUAAACCAACACGGAGUUGCAUUGUAUGACUAUGAAAAGACUUCUCUUAAUGAGCUGUCUAUUUCGCAGGGUGAUGUGUUGAACGCCAUUUGUGCAUACCAACACUGGCUGCUUGUAGAAUUUCAUGAUAAGCAAGGAUGGGUGCCCAUAUGCUAUAUUUCUGCAUUUGAUAAAGCAGUUGCAAUCCUCACACGAAAAAACCCAAAGGUAUUCAAUUCAUUACAUUCUACUCCCUUGUUAUCUGGAUCUCGUGUUCAGAGCGAACCGCUUACAACCCAUUCUCAGUCUGUUGGAAAGCAUUUAUCACAAACCGGUGCAGUAAAAUAUACUAUUUCAGAGCCGACACUAUCUAUUCCGGAACAUACAAUGAGUACCCCCAAGAGUGCACCACCAAAAACCAUCAAUACAAAGAUCACGGUCAAUUCUACAUCCACCAAGGAUGAAUCACUUGCUCAGGGAAGAAGCUUGUCCGCAUGUGAAGGUGUUACUACCAAUAGGAAUAGUGGUCUGAGUGCCAGAAUUCAUGGUGGAGCGAGAACAGCAGAUAUGCGAGUGACUCCACCACGACUUAAUGUCAUGAACACAUCUGCUCUGUCAAAAUUAACAUCUUUACUAGACACCAUCAAUCCAUUUUUGGAUGAUUUUGGUGCAAAUGCCAACUUUAGCGACCCCAAGUUUGCUUCUGUUGAUUCGGUGAAUUUGGCCAUUUUACCAUCACUCGAACCAUUUUCAGAGGAUGAACAGACUUUUUCGAGUGUUUCUGGUAAACAAAAUGGUACGAUGGAAUCAACACACCGGCAGGCAUCACUGGAAGAGUUGACUAGUCUGAGUCAAUCAUUAAGUACAGCAAGCAAUAUGAUUUUAAAGUAUCAUUGUGAAGCAAGUACCAGUGCAAUGCAAUACCUUUCAAGCCAAGUGAAUUUGGACCGAUUCAAGGCAGCAGAAGAAAUGUUAUCUGUACUAGGAGAGAAACUAGGGAUACACGGAACACAUACCAUGUCAGCAGCUGCAUAUGCCUGUAUUAUCAUAAAACUGGAUGAUCUUGACAAAAAUAUCCAUCAAAGACUAUUGGAUCUUCAAGCCUAUUUGCUUUCAAAUAAUGAUUUGACACACCCAGACUCUCAAGAUUCCGAAACACGACAGAGCGAUUCAAUGGUACACAUUAAAAUGAUACAAGAAACGAUUGAUUUUACUCAUAGCACUCUGACCAGCAUUGUCGAGUUAUUGUUGGAAGAUGCGCGUAUUUAUCAGCGAAUUGCGCAAUCGACGAGCAUGCAAGACAAUGUUAAUCGAUCUGCCUUGGUUGUGACGGAUAAAGUGGGGACUGGUUCAUCUGAAUUUCCAGAUAUUGAAUAUCCUGUUCCAACAUCACAAACACAUGUCAAUGCGAAGCCAUCACUUGUAGAGUUGCGAUGCAAACCAUCGAGCGAUAUCAUGUCGAUUGCCAAACCAACGGAAUGUUUUACUCAUUCAUCAACCGAUUCACAAGAAGCGAAUCCACCCAUGUAUAUAGCACGUAAAUCAAUGAUGAACGAAAGGGAAGGGAAGUUAGCAUCAGGUGUAUCUACAUCUCAAGGGAUUAAACGAGCAGUUCAAUCGAAUAUAGAUCUAGGGGAUGUAAUAACACCAGAAGUUGUUUCAACAAGUGUAGGAGGAGUAGAUAUGGAUGGGAAUGCAAGUCAAUCUAGCACACCAAGAAUGGAGAAACGAUUUCAAGGAUCCAACAUGACAGAUACAAAUGUAGUAGACCUUUUAGGUGAAGGAUUACCUUAUAGCAUUGUAUUACAGCGCAAGGAUCUAGAUCAAAACAAUCUUGAGAAAUAUCUUUGCAACGAAGACUGUAUAAAAUAUCUUGGAUUUGCCAAGGCAGAUUUAGCGAAACUUCCAAGUUGGAAACUUGAUCAUUUAAAAAGAAGAGCCAAAAUGAUUACAUGAACAAAAUAAAAAUGAAAAUCAAGUUU